AUGUUAGCAUUGAAUUUAUACUUUAAAUUCUUACAGGCAGUCGCUCAUUUUGAUCCCGACGCAGUUUUCGUCCAGAAGGGAAAGAGGGCAAUCUAUGGAAGAGAUGCUUUGAAAAAAGAGCAUGACGGAUUUAAGGAAAAAACUGGUGACAGAAAAUCAAAGAUCACCAAUGAUGAAUAUGCUAUAAGUGGCGAUUUUGCUAUUGUCACAGCCAAUUACGAGAUUGAAACGGAGAAAGUCGGGGAGCUUAAGGGGACAUUGAUGCAGAUAUGGCGCAAAACUGACGACAAAUGGCUAAUUCUGCAUGAAGAGUUCGUAAUGGAUCUGGACUUUUCAUCAUAG